GACGGCUCCGCGCCGCUGCCGCGCGUCCGGCUCGACGGGCCCUACGCGGCCCCGGCGCAGAGCGCGCUGUCCCGCCCGAUCCUCGUCGCGGUUGGCGCCGGCGUCGGCAUCACGCCCUUCCUCUCGCUGAUGUCCUCCCUCAUCUCCCUGAUCGAGGACAGCUCGGAGGCGGAGGAGCGGGCGCUGCCCCUAAAGGAGGCCCACUUCUUCUGGAUGACCCGCAGCGUCGACGAGUUCCUGUUCGGGAGGAAGCACUUCACCCGCAUCGCGCAGUCGGAUCGCUUGCGCCAGAAGGUCCACCUGCACCUGCACACGACCGCGCGCGAGGCAGAGGGCGACGCGGCCGCCUACCUCUUCCGGCAGGCGGUGAAGCGCCAGAGCAGGGCCGACAGGGCGGCGUUCCGCGAGGAGUUCGACGCCCAGAGGGUGCUCACGGCGCCGCAGCUGCCUUGGUGCUGGGUCAACAGGUCGGAGCUGGACGUGCUGUGGCUCAGCGACCUCACCACGGCGAGCCACGACGAGGGAGAGGCCGGCGCGCCCGAGCCAGCCGCCGAGGAUUGGGCCGGGCGCAGGGGGGGAGGGAUCGGGGCAGUCACGAGCGGCGAGCAUACGGUCGAGGAGCGCCCGCCCGACGCCAUGCCCAGCGCCAGGUCGCCGGGCCGCUCCGCCCCGCCGCCGCUCGAGGCGAGUCCGCGGGCGGACUCCCAGCAGACGGCCCUGCGCUCCGCAGCCAGCCUGGGGAGGCUCGGCGGGGCCGACAGUGCGGCCAGUCCAGGGGGCGGCGCGGCGCCGGCCGAGCCGCUGGUGCCGGUUGCGUUCGGCAGGCCCGACUUCGAGGCGGAGUUGAGGGCGAUCGGGAGGCAUUGGGGCUGCCAGGAGAAGGUCCACAUCUAUGUCUGCGGCAACGACGCCAUCGUGAAGGGUCUGAGGGGUACCGCCGAGGUCCUGAACGCGGAGGCGCGUGCGAACGCCAAGAAGGCGCUCCCGUCCUCCCAGAAGUUCGUCGUGACGUACGAGCGCUUCGGUUAG